AUGGUUGCCUACUCUCCAAUCAUCGCCACUUAUGGUAAUCGUGCAGAACAGUUCUUGGAGACAGACUCUGAUUUUGCUAAAUAUCAUGCCAAGUUGAAUAAGAAACUACAACACUUGAGAAGCCGUUGCCAUUUGACCACCAAGGAUACUAAGAAGUAUUCGAGUAAGGAUAAGUAUGGUGAAAUUACCACCGAUGAUUACGAUAACAAGACCAAAUUGAUUGGUGUUUUGAUUUUACUACACGCUGAAAGAGACCUGGCAUUGGCUGAGACUUUAAAACUAAGAGCCCGUCAAAGGGGUAAAUUAAAGAAAAGUGAAGAAAAAGUCUUGUCCACAAGAUUAAAGAAGGCGCGUAAGACUGCCGAGAAGUUAGUCAAUGUUACUCAGAAUGAAUCUCAAUGGAUAACUCGUGUUCAAUAUUUGGCGUUUUCCAAAUUGACUCACGCAGAAUAUCUGAUCAACGGAAAAAGAUUUAAGAGGAAGGAUAGUGUCAAGAUUUCAAACAAUUUAGCUUUAGUUUUUGCCACAUUGGAACAUUUAAAAGGUUUGAACCUAUUAUCUGAGGGAGUGGUAGAUAUUAUCAUUAACAAAUACCAAUAUACCCUUAAGCAAUACGCAGGCAAUCUAAUCACUGUCCCUGAAUUAAACAACUUUAUCAUAGAAAGAAUUCAAUCCGAAGAAAAUAAAGAUGACGAAUUAGUAAAGUUACUAUUGGGCAAUGGAUUCAGUAUGAAAAAAAUUACGACUUCCAAUGAAGACAAAAAGGCCACCACCAAUAUAAGUUGGAGGUCAUUCAACGCCAAGAUCAUGGACGCUGAAGUGGCUCAAUUUCUAGAACAAGGGUUAUCUAUUCAUCCAACUCAAAUUCCUCAAUACACACAAAAGCUAUCAAAGUUAGAAAAGGCUUUAGACCGUCAUGAAUUUUACAUUGCUAACCACGACGAUCAAGACGAUAUGGAUGAAAUGAUCGAAAAUAGUUCUGAAAACAACCAGAUCAUUUUAGCAUACAUCAAAUAUAAUAUUCUUCUGACUUCUAUUUCUCGUGAAAAAGAUUUAUUUACCCAUUUGUGGAGUCAAUGGUUGAAAUUAAACACUUCAAUACCAUCUAGACUAACCAAGUUCAAGGAGAUGGACCGUAUUGUGAAGAACUUGACUAAAUAUUUAUCCGAUGUCAUGGAACUACCCGGUGUUUACUCCGAUGAAGAGUUGCUAAACCAAUUAAGCCUAUGUAAGCUAUAUUUCCAGCUCUUUUUGAGCACAGGUUGUUUGAGUGUUCUAUACCAGUCAAAGGGAAGGUAUAUGGAAGCAUUGGCUCUUUACGUGGACGCUCAUCAAAGAUUAGAAAAUAAGCUCUCUGAAACUGGACCUUUGGAUGAGAUUCUACUCCCAGGAUCUCUUUUGUCUUUGAAUUCUAUCCAAGGCUUACAAAAGAGAAUUGAAAACGGUGGUAACAGUGUUAUCACACUUGCAGAAUACGAAAAAAGUACUCAUAAUGAUAACACAGGGAAAUACGACUUGACCAUAAUUGAAAAAUUGGGUACAGGGAAGAUUGUGCCAACCGACAUACAGUUGAAAAAUUUGUUCCCAUUAAAGCCAAAAUUCCAACCAGUUACUAGUAAACCCACACUGUUUGAUUUAGCUUUUAAUUAUAUAUCAUACGACAAACAAGAAAUUUCUGCACCUCAACCGAAAAACUCCGCUGAGGAAUCUGGCAACGCCUUACAAACACCAAUCUCUAACGAACAAACAGAAGAAGAACCUAAGAAAAAGCGUGGGUUCUUGGGCCUAUUUGGCCGUUAG